GUCUUUCCGAAGUGCUGGGAAGUCAUCAGUAUGUGUAUGUGCCGUUGCAUAAGGAAGUUUGUAUGCCUCCUGUGCAUACUAAUCAGUUGCAAUUUAAAUUUAAUUUGUCCAAACGCGAAAUCAAACUUUGCGACUGCGAAUCUCCUUCACAUUGUCCCUCAACGAUCAGUUGUUAGUGAUAUUAAAUCUCAUGCUUUAUAUCUUACAAUCCACUUGAAUUCCAACGCAUCGCGAGAAUGUUUGGGAUCCGUUGGAAAAAUCGAGAAAUAUAUAAGUCAGAUUUGUCCGCGUAACAUGUGUGAAAAAUAUAAUGAGAUUCUAUACGGUGUUGGUUUCGGAAUCGACUAUUUCAGAAAGAUCAGUCCUCGUUUCCGUUUCAGGGGCAUCAAAAACUAUGAAUAUCGUGAAAGAUCUGGAAAGUAUGGUGAACUACCUAAAACUGGUGGUGAUAUAUUUGUUCAUGCAAAAUGUAAUGAUCAUGGCAUGCGUGAUUUGAGUGAAUUCGUUGAUGGCAAGGAGAAUCCUAAGUGUUUGGAUGAACGAGCAGAGGUGGCGAUCAACAAACGAACAGGUGGAAGUUACGCCAUUGUUCAGAAGUGGGUUCAUAAUAUGAGUUUGCUCCAGGAAACAGGUGAUGAGACAAAAGAACAAUGGAUUGGUCGAACUCUGAAAGACAGCUUUGAGUUGAUAAGAAAACCGAAUACAUCACAUGUUGCCAGAAUGGUUGGAUCUGACGAGUUUAAAGCUAAGAAGAAACAUAAAAUUGUUCGGCAAGCUCAACCAUUUGGAACUUUAUCUGGAGGUGCUGGUCUCUUAUUCAUAGCAUACGCAGCAGAUACAAAGAAUUUCGAUUUCAUGUUGGAUCGAAUGACUGGUGAUAGUGAUGACAAGAUAAAUGAUAAUUUAAUGAUUUUCAGCCGAUGUGUUACAGGAAACUAUUGGUACUUUCCUGGUCUGCUUGAAUUUAACCUUCUAGUCCGUAAUCUACCAAUAAGAAUAUUGUUGUAA